AUGCCAUUCAGGUUUCCCGUUAAGUUUGAAAUCCCCAAGCAUUGCUACGUCAACGCUCGGGUUCUCAAGGACCAGUUCAAGAGAAUCCAAUACGCCGAGCAUGAAGUUACUCGGAAUGCCUUGAAACACAUUGCCAGAAACACUGAGUUAGCAGGUUCGGUGAGGUUGGAAGCACAAUUACAGUUGGCCGCCAUGCCCAAAUACACGUCACCUACACAGAUCAGAGACCGGUGUGUGGCAUCUGGAAACGGCAAGUGGGUUAUUAAGGACUUCAAGCUCAAUAGAACUGCUUUUAGAGAAAGAGCUAGGGCCGGAAUCAUCCCCGGUGUCACCAAGGCCUCUUGGUAA